UUACUUCCUCAAUUUAUGCCAGCAAAUGCGAGCCCUCGGUGUAGACUGGCUAUUGCAGCAUAGCUAAAUGCUAGCUAGCUAUAUAACUCAUUGAUUGCAAUUCUAGCUAGAUCCAUCGUUUGGAUCUUUGAACUUUUCUUGAAUUWAACAYCAUCCCUCUAGAAAAAUGAUCCCAGAGCUGUCCAGUCCCUCAGUGUGUAUGAGGGACCCUCAGAGGGUGGAGGAGAUCCUCAAGGCCAUGCAGAAGGCUGGCACCAGCAAGAUUCAGGUGAUUUCAGACUUUGACAUGACCCUCACACGGUUUMCCUACAAUGGGAAGCGGUGCCCUACCAGUCACAACAUCCUGGACAACAGCAAGCUCAUCAGUGAGGAGUGCAAAGCACAGCUGAAGGACCUGCGCAACACAUAUUACCCCAUAGAGAUCGAUUCCAAACGGACAGCAGAGGAGAAGCUGCCCCUCAUGGUGGAGUGGUGGACUAAAGCCCAUACUCUUCUGGUGCAGCAGCGCAUCAGGAAAGACCUGCUGCAGGAUGUGGUGAAGGAGUCCGAUGCUAUGCUCAGGGAGGGCUACCAGCUGUUCUUUGACCACCUGCAGGAGCACAACAUCCCUCUGCUCAUCUUCUCUGCUGGGGUAGGAGACGUGCUGGAGGAGGUGAUCCGCCAGGCCGGUGUCUUUCACCCCAACGUCAAGGUCUUCUCCAACUACAUGGACUUUGAUGAGACUGGAGUGCUGAAGGCGUUCAAAGAGGAGCUGAUCCACAUCUAUAACAAGAGGGAGGGAGCUCUGCUGAACACGGGCCACUUCCAGGAGCUCAAGUCACGCCACAAUGUCCUGCUGGUGGGAGACUCUCUAGGGGACCUGACCAUGGCUGAUGGGGUGCACAGCAUGGAGAACAUCCUCAAGAUCGGCUUCCUCAACGACAAGGUGGAGGAGAGGAAGACGUCCUACCUGAAUGCUUAUGACAUCGUGCUGGUGAAGGAUGAGACCAUGGAAGUGCCGAACGCCCUGCUGCUCCACCUCACCGGCACCAAGUGACCUGACCAUGAACUUCAUCUCACUGGCCAAUCAGUAACGAGCGUUCCAACGCUACAGGAAAUAUGCCGUGCUGGUUUAGGAAGCUCUUGCUCAGGAAGUGCCAGUAGUCAGAUACCAUGAGUCAAGUCAGAAUGGUAUUGUUUUUGGGUUGUCUAUUACUAAAGCUCCAAUGGCUGUUUGUGUGGGCCGCUGGGAUGGAUUCCAGACUGUGUUUUGGAGUCGCCCUUCCACGCUCCUCCAGUUGAGUCUCCUUGUUGAACACUUACAACUUGAGAMCAACAUCCUUUAUAGUCCUACAAUUUGAUUUGAUUUAAUCAGGAACCCUACUGWCACAUUCUCAAUUGUUUACGAACCAUCAAUAGUCCAACUGAAAUGGAACAGGAAAACUAYGUGAUUUCCCCGUCUGGUAAAUGUGUAUUGGGUUUGUGGGGAGAGAAACGUUACUGGUGAUAUGUAUGCUCUGUCUACAUAUGAGGAAUGUACAGCGCCAGUAAAACGUUUGGACACA